GCAUUCUUUUUUAGCAAUUCACUAAGGAACUAGUUUUCUUGUGUUGCAAGAUGCUGAGUGUGAUUCGAGGAAAACUCGGCCGGCUUUGUUCCAAGAUAUGGUGGACUCUAUGGAAGCGUCCGAGGUCUAAAGUUGUUAUCAGAAGAUUCAGGAAACUGAGCUGCAAGAGUCAAUCAAGAGCAGAACUUUGGAAGUGUGACAAGAAAGCUACAAUACACUCAAAUGGUGGUGAAGCUGGAAGGCCGAUUCGUGUGGCGACAUUCAAUGUUGCCAUGUUUUCUCUUGCUCCUGCAGUCUCAGAAAUGGAUCAUGGACAAGGAGGAUCCAACAGGAAGAAUUCCAAAAUGGUUGAAUUUCCAAAGAGUAUACUAAAGCAAUCUCCAUUGCAUUGUGAUAGCAAGAUUGUUCCAAGAUCAAACUUGAAGGUUUCAAUUAAUCUUCCUGAUAAUGAGAUCUCAUUGGCAAACAGUAGAUUGCUUGCAUCAAUGAGGGAAAAAGAAGGGACAAGCGUUCCUGCUCGCUCCCCGGUGUGCUUUCCUUUCCUUAUGAAUCAGUAUGAGGGCAUUGACAAGUUGACAAGCAGCAGAAGCAUUCUAGAAGUUCUCCGGGAGAUCGACGCGGAUGUGGUGGCACUGCAGGAUGUGAAGGCUGAGGAAGAGAAAGGGAUGAGGCCUCUCUCUGAUUUGGCAGGUGCCUUGGGGAUGAAGUAUGUGUUUGCUGAGAGUUGGGCACCAGAAUUUGGAAAUGCCAUCUUAUCCAAAUGGCCUAUUAAGAGGUGCAGAGUUCAGAAGAUUGCUGAUGAUGAAGAUUUCAGGAAUGUGUUGAAGGCCACAAUUGAUGUGCCAUGGGCAGGGGAAAUCAAUUUCCACUCUACUCAACUUGAUCAUUUGGAUGAGAGUUGGAGAAUGAAGCAAGUCCAUGCCAUAAUCCAUUCCAAUGACCCUCCUCACAUCUUGGCAGGAGGUCUCAAUUCUCUUUGUGGAGCUGAUUACUCGUCUCAGCGAUGGAAUGACAUUGUUAAGUACUAUGAGAAGCUAGGAAAGCCAAGACCAAAGACAGAUGUGAUGAACUUGAUGAAGUCAAAAGACUAUGUUGAUGCAAAGGAUUAUGCAGGCGAAUGCGAACCAAUCGUCAUCAUCGCCAAAGGCCAAAAUGUGCAGGGGACAUGUAAGUAUGGAACAAGGGUGGAUUACAUUUUGGCUUCGCCUAAUUCGCCAUACAAAUAUGUUCCAGGUUCAUACUCAGUGAUUUCUUCAAAGGGAACUUCUGAUCACCACAUUGUGAAGGUGGACAUUGUGAAAAUGAACACUUUUGCUCACAGACAAUGCAGUAAGCUAAAGAAUAAGGUUGUGAGAAUAAGAACACCACCUUGUUCUGCUUCUGCAACUGCUGUAUGCAAAUCAACACCAUCAUACUUGAUUGAAACCAAGCCACAAAUUUGAUAUAACAUUCUGCUAUGGGAUGCUUACUAUGAUUUUAAAUUAGAGCAGUAUCUUGUAACCAUAUAUAACCAUAUUUACCAUUCAAACCAAUCGUGAAAACUCACGUAUGCAGUUAACUUUAUGUGAAGUUGAUAGUCAAGAAUCGUUAAAUGAUAAUUUAAUCAAAUCUGUUAACUCAUCUAAUAAUUUUUAACUAUCAACUUCAUAUGAAGACAAUUGCAUGUGAAUCUUCACUUUAAUAUAAUGUGUCCAUAAACGUUGACAAAUCAUUGCAAAAGGUAGUUCAAAAGAAAAGAAUCAUCAAGUAUUUGUAAAAGGCGAUGUUAAUGUUUGAAGGUGAAUUAUAUGGUAAAUAUAUAAGUUUACAGAUCUUUCUUUUUA